AUGACAGAUUUAAUCACUAGAAGUGAGUUAUUGAACUUCAAGAAAGAAUUGUUGCUCGAAUCCCAUGACUCUCAUCACCAGGUCAUCAAGCUAUCCAGGAUAGUCUUCAGGUUAGUAAAUCUAUUGAAUAUUCAUCUUGAAAACUCCCCAGCCUUUACAAAAGAACUCUUAUUUAUCAAAAAUCAAUUAGAAUUGGAUUUCUCAGAUCUGGGUUUGGGUAAUGUGCCUUUCAAAGGUGACCACAGAGUGCAACAGCAGCAGCCCAACCAGUCAGCGGCUAAUGAUGAUUACUUGAAUCAACUUAAUGAGCAGGUUUUGGGAAAUAUCAACGAUUUGAAUAAUAAUCUACAAAAUUUGGAGAAUUUAUUUAACGAAUCAAAUAUAAAAAGUGAUAGGAAUGAUAAACAACCUCCAAAUAUUAUUGAUGAUAUGUCAUUUGUGAAGGACCCAGAUAUCACUGGGGAUACCAAUAUUGAUAACCGCAAUUCAAGUAAUCUCAAUACCAAUAACAACAUCAAUGACAGUGUAGUAGAUGCUACCAAUCAAACUCGAAACCACGCACACGCUAGUCUUAGCAACAUUUUGAACUCAGAGCAAGGAAACUCCACUAAAAAUUUCAUAUUACAUCGUCCCUACUCCAAAUUUGACAAUCCAUUAGAGCCAUCGCUCGCUCCCAAAAAGAAUCUCAAUGAAGUUACGCCACUGUCCUCAAAUCCUAGUUUCGCCCAACUGAGCGCCAAUGACCAAUCUUCUGAGGCGUUUCGGUUUUCGUCUGAAAAGAUUGUUCCACUGGUGCCUAUCUCUAUUUCUGGUAUUGUUGAAGCCAAUGUUUUAAAUAGUGUUUCCUCGUCAAAUUUGGAGGAUAGUGGUUUUCCAACAGAAAAGUUGAGAAAACGAAAAUUGGAUGGAAAUCUCGAACAGCAUCAACAACAAAUCUCGGAAAAAUUCAUUUGCGAAGGUACAAGCUCUAUACAGUUACAGAGCAAGAAAUCUAAAAUCCUCAAGAAAGCAGCAGUUCCUCUUUAUAAUUUUGCCAGGCUCGAUACUGUCGCGGGGGUUUUAGAAGAAUAUUUCCAUGGACUCGAUGGCUAUCCAUCAAUAAAGGUUUUAGAAAAUCAAUAUAAUGCCAAAUGGCGCGGAGGAGCUAAACACUCAGUUUCCAAACAGUUCAGCAGACGACGAAACUUAUAUAAUGCCACUGACAGGGCGAUGAAUGAAGGUGGAUACUCAUUACAAGCGAUAGUUGACAUGUUGGAAAGAGCAAGGACUUUUGGAAACGGUGAGAAGGUCAAUAAGAAGAGUAUACAUUGGCUAGGUUGUAAUUUACCAAAGGAGUUGUUACAAUUCUUGAAUCAAGAUGAAUUGAAAAUUCAUAACAAUUCCCGAGAUCAUGAACAAUAUUAA